GAUGGUGGUAGUGGUAGGAGUUCAAGCGACUUCAACAAGCGCCAGGGCAGGCCAGGGCGACUAUCGCGGCGCAGAUACGACAAUUCGCCAAGGGGCUCGCGACCAGCCAUCGUGGAGUCUUAGCGAAGAAGUCGUGACGGCUCUGGAAACGUACAAGAAGAAGGAUACCUCGAAGGUUGUCGUCCGAUUUAAAGGCGUUGGGAAUGCCCCUAUAAUGAAGCAGAACAUGUACAAGAUCACGGCUACCAAUCGCUUCCAGGCAGUCAUUCAGUUUCUCAGGAAAGAAUUGGGAUGGCAAAGCGGCGAACCCCUGUUUCUCUACAUAAAUUCUACGUUUUCGCCUGCGCCGGAUGAUACCGUUCUCAAUCUCUAUAAGUCCUUCGCUACGGAGGGAUUCCUGAUCGUAAACUACAGCACGACGCCAGCAUGGGGCUG